AUGAGGAGGAAGAAGAGGAAAAUAAGGGGAAAACGAUAUGAGGCUGACAUGUGGGACACCCCUCCAACUCAGCAUAUUGUCCACACAAGCACGCCACAUCAGCCCGACAGGCGCGUUGUUCUAGAGGCACUGGAUGUUGAUUUAUUGCUAGAAAUGCAUUUUGUGGACCAAAUUGCUGAAUCUAAUCCAAAAAAAUUACCAAGUCUGGGAUAUUUUCCCCUCAGGCAUCACAAGAGAUGGCUUGCUGAGAAAAUAGGACCAGAUGCUGCAAAUAGUGAACAUGACUUCACAAGGAAGAUACUUGCUAUGGAUGCUAAAAACUACCAUGCUUGGUCCCAUAGGCAGUGGGUUCUUCAAUCAUUGGGUGGAUGGGAGAGUGAACUGCAGUACUGCAACCAGCUUCUUGAGGAAGAUGUCUUCAAUAACUCAGCUUGGAAUCAGAGAUACCUUCUGGUAACACGGUCACCAAUUCUUGGGGGCCUUGCGGCAAUGCGCGACUCAGAAGUAGAUUACACAGUUGAGGCCAUUAUGGUGAACCCUCAGAAUGAAAGCCCCUGGAGAUACCUCAGAGGUUUAUAUAAGGAUGAUAACAAUUUGCUGGUGGCUGAUAAUCGCAUUUCUGAUGCUUGCCUCAAGGUCCUGAAUAAGGAUUGGACAUGCGUAUUUGCUUUGAGCUUCUUGCUUGAUCUUCUUCGUAUGGGUUUGCAGCCUUCGGAUGAACUUAAAGGAACCAUCAAAGCAAUGGAGAACUCUGAUCCUGAAACGGGACAUGCUGAUAUUGCAGUAAUUGUCUGCUCAAUCCUGCAGAAAUGUGACCCCCUGCGGAUAAACUACUGGUCAUGGUACCAGACCACUCUUUCUUCUUAG